AUGGCCAAGCGUACCUUCUCCACAUUGGAGAUAUUCCUGAUCUUCCUCCUAGUAAUGAUGACUGCCAUCACAGUGGCCCUUCUCAGCCUCUUGUUUAUCACCAGUGGGACCAUCGAAAACCACAAAGACUCAGGGAACCACUGGUAUUCAGGAAUUCAUGGUUCUACAACCACCCAGGACUCCACAGCCACCACAACCUCUCCAGGGGCUAGUACCUCAGAGGCUCUGCUAUUUCAGAACUUCAGUGGCUACCAUAUUGGUGUUGGGCGAGCUGACUGCACAGGACAAGUAUCAGACAUCAAUUUGAUGGGAUUCGGCAAGUCUGGCCAGAAUGCACAGGGUCUCCUCACAAGGCUGUACAGUAGGGCUUUCAUCCUGGCGGAACCCGAUGGGUCAAAUCGAAUUGUGUUUGUCAGUGUUGAAGUAGGCAUGGUAUCUCAACGACUCAGGCUAGAGGUCCUGAGCAGACUGCAGAGUAAAUAUGGAUCUCUGUACAGAAGAGACAAUGUUAUCCUGAGUGGUACUCAUACCCACUCGGGUCCCGCAGGAUAUUUUCAGUACACCAUAUUUGUCCUUGCCAGCGAAGGAUUCAGCAAUCGAACCUUUGAGUACAUGGUCACUGGUAUCGUGAAGAGCAUUGAGAUAGCACACACAAAUAUGAAACCAGGCAAAAUCUUUAUCAAUAAAGGAAACGUUGCUGGUGUGCAGAUCAACCGAAGUCCUACCUCUUACUUUCAGAAUCCACAGUCAGAGAGAGAAAGGUAUUCUUCAAAUACAGACAAGGAAAUGCUACUCUUGAAAAUGGUAGAUUUGAAUGGAGACGACUUGGGCCUUAUCAGCUGGUUUGCCAUCCAUCCAGUCAGCAUGAACAACAGUAACCACCUUGUAAAUAGUGACAAUAUGGGCUAUGCAUCCUACCUGUUUGAGCAAGAGAAGAACAGAGGAUACCUACCUGGACAGGGACCAUUUGUAGCAGCCUUUUCUUCAUCAAACCUAGGAGAUGUGUCCCCCAACGUUUUUGGACCACGCUGCAUCAACACGGGCGAUUCUUGUGAAAAUGCCUAUAGCACUUGUCCCAUUGGUGGGCCUAGCAUGUGCGUUGCUCAGGGACCUGGAGGAGAUAUGAUUGAAAGCACACAAAUUAUAGGACGGACCAUAUACCAGCGAGCAAAGGAACUGUAUACCUCAGCCUCCCAGGAGGUGACUGGACCUGUGACAGCAGCUCACCAGUGGGUGAAUAUGACAGAUGUGACAAUUCAGCUCAACUCCACACACACAGUGAAAACGUGUAAACCAGCACUGGGCUACAGUUUUGCAGCCGGCACCAUUGAUGGAGCUUCAGGCCUCAAUAUUACACAGGGGACGACAGAAGGAGAUCCAUUUUGGGACACACUUCGGGACCAGAUCCUGGGUAGUCCAUCUGAUGAAAUCAAAGAAUGUCAUAAACCAAAGCCAAUCCUUCUCCACACUGGAGAGCUAUCAAGACCUCAUCCCUGGCAUCCAGAUAUUGUUGAUGUUCAGAUUAUUAUUCUUGGGUCCUUGGCCAUAGCUGCUAUCCCUGGGGAGUUAACGACCAUGUCUGGACGAAGACUUCGAGAGGCAGUUCAAGCAGAAUUUGCAUCAUAUGGGAUGAAGAAUAUGACUGUUGUUAUUUCAGGUCUAUGUAAUGUUUAUUCACAUUACAUUACCACUUAUGAAGAAUACCAGGCUCAGCGGUAUGAGGCAGCAUCUACAAUUUAUGGGCCACAUACUCUGUCCGCUUACAUCCAGCUCUUUAGAGCUCUUGCUAAGGCUAUUGCUACGGACACAGUAGCCAACAUGAGCAGUGGUCCAGAGCCUCCAUUUUUCAAGCAACUGAUAAUCCCAUUUAUUCUUAAUAUUGUGGAUAAAGCACCAAUAGGCACAAAUUUUGGGGACGUCCUGCAGUCAACGAAACUUGAAUACAGAGUGGGAGAAGUUGUUGAAGUUACAUUUGUAGGUGCCAACCCAAAAAAUUCAGCAGAAAACCAGACCCAUGAGACCUUCCUUACUGUGGAGAAAUAUGAGAACACGACAGCAGCCUGGCAGAUAAUGUACAAUGAUGCCUCUUGGGAGACUCGGUUUUAUUGGCACAAGGGAUUACUGGGUCAGAGCAAUGCAACGAUAGAAUGGCACAUUCCAUACACUGCUCAACCUGGAAUCUACAGAAUAAGAUAUUUUGGACACAAUAGGAAGCAGGAUAUUCUGAAGCCUGCAGUCAUACUUGCGUUUGAAGGCACUUCUCCUACUUUUGAAGUUGUAACUACUUAG